UAUUUUUCUGUGAUCUGUAUUGUUUAUUAUAUUUUUUAUUUGAGGAAUUUCAUGAAUUAUUGUUCAAAACUGCGUUUUUAAUGAAAAUUAUAUAAGUCGAAUAGAUCCAAGGAAUCGGCGCAAAAUCAAUAGUUUACAGAAUGUCAAAUUGAGUAGGUCAUUUUGGAUAAUAUCGGUUCUAAAUUACGGUCAUGUCUAAACCAAAAAUUUCCGUCUACUUUUUCACCAAUGGGCAACCUUUCAAACCACCGCACAAGGUUGUGAUUGAUCGCCAGAAAUUAGAGGAAAAUCAAGUUAUAGAACGUGUUCAUCGGCUGCAUUAUUACAACGGCUAUGUAAUUUAUACGUUAUUUGGACAGUUGCUGCGAUCGGUUCAAGAAGUCCACGAUGAUUCGGCCUUUGUCGCAGUGCCAAGAGAUCAAUGUUUUCAGCCGGGACCUUACGUUAAGGUAUUUCGGCAGUAUAUAGACGAGAAACUACCAACAGCAGAUGGGAAAAAAUCUGAUAAAAAGAAAAAACCUAUCACAAAACCCUUGGGAACAAGCUACGGUUGCAAAUCACAUGUUCCCCGAUUGGCUAAGGAAGUUCGUUUCUGUCCCGGAUGUCGCCAUGUAGCAGUUGAUACGCGUUGUCAAGAUUUCGGUACAACUUCCACUCGAGGCAAGCAGGAUACCUGUACGUGCCGAACCAUUGACCCUCACGGUGAAUGUGUUCCACUUCCGGUUCGGCCGAAGCAAAAAGUCAAACGAAAAAAGCAAGGUAAAGGAUGGAGUAGCUGUUUUCGAAAGAAAGAAGAGAAGAAAGAACCGGUAAUACGCAUGAGAAAGCGUGACUUAGAACAAAUGGAAAUUAUGCGAGCAAAGAAAAUGCAGAAACCCAAGAAGCGGCAACGCAAAGGUUGUUGCGGUGGACCAACAACCAAAGAAGAACAAUACAAGAAAGAGCGAGACAAGUUGAUUAAACAACGCAAAAAGCGUCUUGAAAACGAAGAGAAACGUAAGAUCAAGGAACAGAGGGCAGCACAGAACCGUAUCAAAAGUCGUCGGCGUCGACAACAGUGCAUGGCCCGUUGUUGCCCGUGUUUCAUAAAAAAGCCCGAACCUAUAUGGCGCCAACCAACACCGCAUAGCUGUGUGGAGCAUUUGAAAAAAGCCCGUGACCAAGCCAUUCGCCGAAGGCAGGCGCUGGGUAUUCCAGAACAAUCAUCUUGGGAAAGCAUUAAUUUUCCGCCAAGGUUUAAGAAAAAGAUAUGUAGUACCCAGACAACUAAGGAGGAUCUUAAAGAGGCCCGUAAGGCUGCUGGCAGCGGUUGGAGUUGUUUUGGUGGAAAGAAAAAGAAGACUGAACCUGAAGAGGAUCUUUGUUGUAAAUAAUUUGAUCUAGAAUAA